AUGCCAAAAAAGAAACGAGGGGGCAAAAAGGCCCAGUUACGCCGGAUUAUCCGAACGAUCCACGAGGAUCUUGGUCAUUCAGUUCACCAACGUCCUCGCCUAGAGAUCGUUGCCGAGGAAGUCCUCCUCGACCCAGUGACGUUGGUCGUUCCAAAACCGGGUAACGAGUUACUAAGUUCGGGUAUCGCGUUGAGUGAGAUCGUGGCGUCCAGUAUGAUUAAAGGAUCAGAUGCCUACUUCACAUCUGGAUGGAACAUCAUGGACGGCAUACUUGUCCUUAUUUCAAUAAUAGAUCUAUUUAUAUCUUUGAUUUCAACGAACAGCUCUCGAAUACUUGGAAUACUAAAAGUUUUCCGGCUAUUACGGUCUCUCCGACCGUUGCGAGUUAUUAAUCGUGCACCUGGAUUAAAACUUGUUGUUCUAACAUUAAUAUCAUCAGUAAAACCGAUUGGUAAUAUCGUUCUGAUUUGUUGCACAUUCUUCAUUAUUUUUGGAAUUUUGGGGGUGCAGCUAUUCAAAGGAACAUUUUUCUAUUGUGAUGGUCCUAAUAUAACCAAUGUUCGAAAUAAAACUGACUGUUUAGUGGAUAGAAGAAAUGUAUGGACCAAUAGAAAGUAUAAUUUUGAUAACUUGGGAAAUGCUUUAAUGUCUCUAUUUGUAUUGUCUUCCCGAGAUGGAUGGGUUGAUAUUAUGUAUACUGGUAUUGAUGCCGUUGGGGUUGAUCAACAGCCUGAAGAAAACUUCUCUGAAUGGAGAAUAUUGUAUUUCAUAUCAUUCAUUCUUGUAGUCGGAUUCUUUAUCCUAAAUAUGUUUGUUGGAGUUGUAGUAGAAAAUUUUCACCGUUGUAGAGAAAAACAAGAAAAAGAAGAACGUUUAAGGAGAGCUUUGAGAAAAGCUCAACAAAUCGGAAAACAUAGAAAAAAAAUAUUGACAACUGCUUAUUACAAAGAUUAUUCAAAAUCAAGAUUAUACUUGCAUACUGUUGUCACUUCAAAAUAUUUUGAUUUAGCGAUCGCUGCUGUAAUCGGAUUAAAUGUUGUUACAAUGGCAAUGGAAUUUUACAUGAUGCCGAAAGCGCUUAGUUAUGUAUUGAAAAUUUUUAAUUACUUCUUCACGGCUGUAUUUAUUCUUGAAUCGUUGAUGAAGAUUUUAGCACUUGGCAUACCUAUAUACUUUGAAGAUAAGUGGAACAAACUAGAUGAAGGAAUUGUCGUUCUUUCAGUCGUCGGAAUAAUUUUGGAAGAAGUUCAGUCAAAGAUCAUUCCUAUUAAUCCAACAAUUGUUCGUGUCAUGAGGAUUUUGCGAAUUGCUCGAGUUCUAAAACUAUUAAAAAUGGCCAAGGGAAUUCGAGCUUUACUGGAUACAGUAAUGCAAGCACUACCACAAGUUGGUAACUUAGGUCUUCUAUUUUUCUUGUUAUUUUUCAUAUUCGCUGCACUUGGAGUUGAAUUAUUUGGUAGAUUAGAGUGCAGCGCAAAAUUGCCUUGCCAAGGUCUAGGUGAGCACGCCCAUUUUAAUCAUUUUGGGAUGGCAUUUUUGACUUUGUUCAGAGUCGCUACUGGUGAUAAUUGGAAUGGAAUUAUGAAAGAUACACUCCGUGAAGAUUGCGAUGAUUCAAUGGACUGUGUUAAAAAUUGCUGUGUGAGCACGAUAAUUGCCCCUUUAUUUUUUGUUAUUUUUGUUUUGAUGGCCCAAUUCGUUCUUGUAAAUGUUGUAAUUGCAGUACUUAUGAAACAUUUAGAAGAAAGUCAUAAACAGAUUAAAUAUGAACUUGAUAUCGAAAGAAAGUUGAAAAAGAAAAUUGCUUCAGAUUUAGAAAAACUCAUAUAA